CCAAACAGCCUCUAAGUCACCCAAACACGCUCUUAGUCCAUUAGGCCGCAGAAGCUUUUUCCUCCGGUGAAUGGAAUCAUUUGUUGGGUGCUCACUUUCAUAUUCAGAUCGCUUCAUCCUCCUGAUUCUCCGGCCAAUCCUCGCCGUCUCUUUUGUAAUUUCGUUGCUUGUUUUCGGUUGGUUUUUGGCCUGGAAACUGCUACUGGUUCACGUCCCUUUGGUCCAGGAGAUUUUUGGUCUUAAGAAGAAACCUUCGCUUCCCAAACCCUCAACCCGCCACCGAUUCACUCGUUUCUACAAUACACUUACACCCAAUCACAACGAUAACUCCAACUUAUCUGGUUGAUUCUGAGGAAGCUCGUGUUGAAGGACUUAAUUUCUAUCUGGAAGCCUUUUUAAAAAAAAAAAGCAAAA